CGCACUAUGCCGCACUAUGCCGCACUAUGUCGCACUAUGUCGCACUAUGCCGCAAUAUGCCGCAUUAUGCCUUGUCAGUUGACCGUGCAUAGUUGAUUAGUAUUGUUCUGUAAAGCCUAGGCAGCAUCAUCAUUAUAACAUAACGAUGCAUAUCUCUAUAUAAAUACGCUAACAUGCUACCAAACAGCGGCCUAAGGGUACAUUUAUGCUGGCCAUAAGUUGUUGUCCAUCCAACAACUGACUUGUUCAUAUUUGACCGGCUGAGUUAAUGUCUAGAGCUGCAAGAAUCGGGCAUACAAUCUUUCUCCGAAUACAGGAUUUGCUAAAAAGGAAGAAGGAGAAGAACCGAUAGCCUUAUCUGGUGGCUAAAGAUACCAAUUUCCUGACACAUUUUCGCAUAGGCAUAGAAGUAACAAAGAAGGCCUCUUGUUUAACCAACAUUUCACAAGAUGUUUCCUACAGUUCUGACAAAUUUUUGAACAGGGAGGAGGAAUUAGUAACAGCCACGAUGUCUUCAUUUCUUGUCAUUCUCCAAACCAACGAGCUGAUGUCACCUUAACAGCAGAAGGAGAAAGACGUUAGGGCUGUUCGGCAUCCAGUAUACCUUUUUCUCGCUACGACCAUGCUUCUCAAGAGUUUUGAAAUAUGAAGAUCACCAUCUAAUGGACAGUGCAAAAAUAUCCAGAUGAAUUUCAAGCUUUUCCUAUACGACGUCAUGGCCAACCAACGUCAUAAUGAUAGUCAUGGGCUUAGCUUUCAAAAAUUUCGGCCUAAAGUCACACAAAGUUACGGACUAGCAAACAACCUAUUGCUUGACAUGGUGUACAUUUGGAGGUUAAUGUCGGUUACUUUACGAGUAUAGUUUAAUUUAUAGGAAAUAAUGAAUAACUUUUUAGGAAGAAUUUGCGAAGUCCUUUGUGAACUGAUGAAAUAUCAAUAUUUGAUGAUGAUUUAUAGAAUUUGAGCUCACUUGUCCCUCUUCCUUAGCUCUUAUCAACGAUUUAUAAUGAAAUCAAUUAAAAAAUCACUGAAGAUACUUGUUUGGAAAACCCUUAGUUUGAUUGCUGAUGCAAUUCGAUCCUUUCAACGUUCUUGCAUAGAACGUGCUCAUCAAUUGCAUCUAUGUUCGGCACUGAGGUAUUAAACCAACAUGCCAAUGAUUUGAGAACUUGUAAAUUAUACCACAGCUCAUUUGGUACGAAUGCUCUACGUAUAGACAUUGCAUUGGGUGAUAUUUUAUCCACAGUGGGACCACUAGACGUCAUGAUAGCAUCUGCAAACGUUUUCUUUACAACUGCUUUCUUAACUGUCCACGUAACAAAGGAAGCGAAAUGCUAAAACUAGUUAGCCAUGCAAAAAAACUGUUUUGCUGGCAAUUUCAAAAUAUAAACAAGUUGAUAUCUGGAAUGUAAACUAAGAAGAAAAUACCAUUUAGCUAACUUUUAGACUUCUUUCGACUUCCCUCUUCUACGGAAGACUUAAGGCCAGAUUCCAUUUCACUUUGGACGCGCGACUUUGGCGAAAGCGAGUCAUCAAAUCAGCGAAUCGGCGAAUGCGACCAGUCGCUCAGUAUUUCAACUGAAUUGAACUACUCAGCGAAUGGUUGCGAAUUCGCAGUAAAUGGGCAAAUUCAAUUUGCGCAUGCUCCAACAUGCAUUCGUUCAGUCGCAAGGCUAGAACCCCGCCUUGACUAUGUAACAAAUGGUGACAUUUUCAAACCUCUUUUCAACCAUUCCUCCCCUACCAUAUUCUCGAUGAUUUUGGAUGAUAGGAAAAUUGAAUCAUUGGAGAAACUUGGGUGGACAUGUCAACCCUAAUCUUUCCCGUGGCGCCAACGGGGCGCUAUCAAGCCUCGUAUCAGAUAUGUAUACAUAAAACAUUAUUUGGUUCAGCAUUUUAACUUUAGCGUUUAUCUCAGUGUGUCUAUUUGAAGUUAGCUGUUGCAUACAGUAGCGGCGCUACGGGAGGGGGGACUGGGGGUGGGGACACGUCACCCCAGUUGUCGGCAGGAUCGAUUUUGUAUUUCGUUAAAUUCUAUGAGAAAAUGUUUGGGAAGUGGUAAUUUUUGGCAGCGUACUUUUUGUGAUGUAAUCCUGAGAUUUUCAAACUGCCUUUACGCAGCCAAAAGUUAGUUAUGAGCGUGCCCUUCAGAAAAAUUGGCGUGCUUUUUUGUAAAAGAGCGUUUUUGAGCCUUAAAAAGGGCGUGGCCUAAAUGUUUUAUUCCCCCCCUUUUAUUCAACUAUAAUAACAAAGUAUUCAAAGGUUUCAAGGAGAGUAGAUACUCGUUUAUGUACCCCAAAUGGUUUGCAAAAUCCAUCUUUUUAAAAACCAAUGCUUGUUAAACUGUUAGCCGGUUUGCAAUAGCGUAGCCAGGGUGGGAAGAUUGGGGGAGAGGGGACGGAAAUUUGGGGUCACCUCCUUUUGAACGCCAGAAAACAAUCGUUACUCGCAUCGUACUGUUGAUUUGAUCCGACGGCUUCAAUCAUUUAGAGGAAGGACUGUUUCAAUCGUUUCAGCCCUCCUCCGUCUCCUAUAGUUUGCAUUCCAGUACAUGAUUGUCGUAUUUUGGUUUGUGGUGUAUUGAGGAGUGUCUUUUUAAUAUAAAUUUUCUACCCCCGGUUUUUUUGUGCAACGAAAGUAAGGCUGAUAUAUUUCUUCUUGUAUCGACCUAUCCGCCACCCCAUCAAUGCGUGCAGAAUUGCAGUCAACGCAGGUUCCGCAAAUGGAACAAAAGCGCUGCACAAGUCAUUUAUUAUUGUUACAUGCUCUUCAAAUACUUGAUGUAUACAAUCUUGACUGAAAUUUACUGAAAUUUAACAAUAAGACAAUGAUUUUAUAGUUUAUUAGGGGAUUGAAAUCUUUGGAAAGCUUUACUUGCUCUCGCAAAGUUCAGUGUUGCGGUGCAAGCGCUAUAACCGCUUCCAAGUCGGUCUGCGUCAUAGAAAGGUUCAAAGAUAUUGCUGUUACCUUAGUUUUACUAGUAUUAGACGAAAGUUUGGUACCUCUGUAUAUCUUCUUCUUAUAACAUCUACAGUCGAACGUCUUGGAAUCAUUAAUGCCACUAUAAAAUGCAAGGAAAUUUUUGACGUCACAUACUAUUUUUCACCUUGCUACGUAAUUUCAAUGGAGGGUUUUUCCAACAGACGCUCAGGACGUGCUCUAAACCAAAAUUUUGUGAGAAGAACAGGAUGGCGUAGGAUUUUGAAACUUGACAUUGCUUACGCAUUGAAAUUACACUGAUGUAAUGAAAUUAAUUGUGGAAUUCGAAAGUAAUUGUUUAAAGAUAAGUAGUUUUAAUCAGCUUUCUGGUCUUGUCUAAAAGAUGGGAGAACGCUUUUCUACAAAGCGUGCUUAAUUUUUACUCAUUGAGAAAUUUCACAAAACGGUAAGUUUUCAAAAUUAUUGUAUGAGACAUUUGCACUGAGGCGAUACAUCUCGAAAUCUUGGCAGGAGCACUCCUGAAGUAACUGCCAGCAUCUUUAGAUUUAGAAUUUUCUAUCUAUGGAUUUAGAAUGCAGACAUGCAUCUCUGGAGGGUGGCUAAGUAAUGCUUUUGAAGGUCGUGCUUAUUUCACGUUUGGCUAAGUGAAGUAGCUAUCUCUUCGAAGUAAUAACAAAAUGUUUCAUCCAAGACGAUGCUAAACUUUCGAAAAGAUGAUGCUGGGGUGUGCCCCGAUCUUCUUGAACCCCUAUAUUGCUACCCCUGCCAACACUAUAUCCCUCUGCCUUACUUCUCCUUUCAGGCCAUCCCUUUUUUCAACCGUUCACUGUUAUCUUCUUUUACUCGUGCUUAAACUCUUCUUAAACUUCCUGGUUCCACUUUUUACACUGAGUAACGUUGAAUGGUACUCGUAUAAACAGAGAACAUCAAGUAGUCACGUGUGCAUAUCUUCCUAUAAAUUUGUCGUCUAGCAAUCAUUGGGCACGGCGGUGCCUGACUGGUUUGGCAGAAGAUCAUAAGUCUCAUUCAAGGUUUGCAGUCUUGUCACAGGUCAAGAGAAGAAGUUGGUUUGCGCAAGUGGGUGAAAAACGCUAUUGCUGGAGGGUUACCGCAGUUUUUGCCAAGAAGUAAGAAAUGGCUUACAAUAUCAGAAGUGUUGUCCAGAAUGAAGGAAUGAAAAUUUUCAUAUUGGUAUUGUGGAUAAUAUCAAAUGCUGUGAUGUUUUACUUCUCGUACCAAAAGUAUUGUAGUGGUGCUCAAUACUACUACUUGCGUCGAAUUCUUGGGGAGUCAUUGUGCGUUUCCCGAGCAACUGCAUUUCUGCUAUAUUUUAACUGCUUUCUAAUAUUGUUACCUGUUUGUAAAUCUUUGCUCACUUGGCUGAGAGUUCAUAUUCAAAAGUAUAUCAAAGGAGCACACAGAAGACUGUUCAACCACAACAACAAAUUUCAUAUUGUUAUUGGAAUAUCAGUAGUUGUAUUAUCACUGAUCCACACAUUUUCACAUGCUGCCAAUUGUUAUCGCUUCUAUGUGCAUUUCUCAGAAGAUAAUCCCGAACUAAACAUUUCUGCAGACAAAGAUAAUAUCAACAUACUUCUAUUUCUUAAAAAACUGCCUGUCUACACAGGAAUUGCGAUGUUGCUUAUUUUGGCUGUCCUGGUUUUUGGUUCUCUUCCACCUGUUAGACGAUCCCGUUUUGAAAUAUUUUGGUAUUCACAUCAUUUAUCCAUUGCAUUCUUUGCAUUUUUGGUCGUGCAUGGAUUUGGAGGAAUAGUCAAAUAUCAAACCAAUAUUGAAGAGCACCAUCCUGGCUGUGAGUUCAUGAUGAAGAUGAAAAAUUCUAAUUUUACACAGCGCUGCGAGGGAAAGCCAAAUUUUGCUCCUGAUCCUCCGCAGGCUUGGAAAUGGAUUGUUGCACCCCUCUUUCUUUACGCAAUAGAAAAGAUUGUCAGAUUCAUUUCUGCUAGAAAACCAAUUCAAGUAACUAAGGCGAUCUUUCACAGCGGAGAGAUACUAGAGCUACGGAUGAAAAAGCAGGGCUUUUCAGCUCUUCCAGGCCAGUUUGUUAGGCUGAAUUGCCGGGACAUUUCACACUUAGAAUGGCAUCCAUUUACAUUGACAGAGUGUCCUACGGAAGAAAGCAGUGAAUUCGCAGUGCAUAUCAAAGUUGCCGGAGAUUGGACUGAACUUCUGGCCACUUUGCUGCAAAAUAUGGUGAUAGUGAACAAGCACGUUAGUCGUGUUGGAGACUCGUGGACGAUUUCUGUCCAAGAUACCAAUCCUGGAGUAAUGGCAAUCCCAGUUGAAGAAACUAUUAUGAGGUUGCAAGUCGACGGGCCAUAUGGCAGUCCAUUUCAGGACGUAUCAAGGUUUAGAGUUGCCUUCAUCAUAACAACUGGCAUUGGGGUGACCCCGUUUGCGGCUGUCCUUAACCAUAUAAGACACACUAUAGAGGAGUCGAAAUCCUAUGGAAAGCUUACAAAGCUGUACUUUUUAUGGGUCUGUAAAACCCACGAUGACUUUUCAUGGUUUCUUGACAUUUUGUAUCGGACAAAUAUUCAGUUAAAUUCAAAUGCAGAAGAAGAAAUGAUGUCAACGCGCUUAUUUGUGACACGAUCUCAAGCACUUUCAGAAAUGGAUCCAUCUUUAUAUGAUCAACGAAGACAAUGGCUAGUCAACCAUUUGCAAUGUCGUCGACCUGUUUGGAAAGAGGAAUUUGAGAAAAUUGACUGUCAGCACGAAAACGAAAGAAUUGGAGUAUUCUUCUGCGGUUCAAAGGCAAUUCAUCCCACACUGCAUCAAAUCUGUAACAAGAAGACAAAUCAAAAGAAUACAUAUGUGUUUCACAAGGAAAGCUUCUGAACAAAGAUUCUAUUGCUUUGAGAGCUUUUUGUAGUUGCUUGGCAUGGCAAUGCUGAAGUGCUUGUCCAAUGGAAAUGACAUCCAGUUGUGGAUUCGUUUCGUGGUACCGAACCGCUUCAAGGAUAGUAGAUUCUAAAUGAAAACGUUGCCGUAAAGAAUCCUGAACAAAGGACUGGACAGGUCGAAGCUCAUCGAAAAUCUUCGAGAGUAGAUUGAUUUUAAGAUUUCAGUAUUGUUGCCAGAUCGGUAACUCUUGCACAUAAGAAUCUUUCAUAUGAGCAAAUGCUUUUUUUCUCGAAAUAUAGAAAACACCUUAAAUAUAUAGUCGAUAGUUAACAUGUUCAUUUUUGCUUAGCCUAUGACAAUCCUGUACUUAUUUCUCAAUCCUCUCUAGCAAAAAGAAGGUUCUUGUUAAAGUAAAUUGCUACAGUACUAACCUGGUAUCUCGAAUCGCUAAUAUGUUGACCUUCGGUAUCUCUAACCCCUGGUAACUCAACCCCCUGAUCAACUGUUUUUCACUCUCUUAAACCUUCCUCAGCUAGAAGCCCUGAUAACUCGAACCCUCAGUAUCUCGAACUUUCCUUAUCUCGUGCUGCUCUGCAUCCCGUUUGAACCUUCUUCAGUACUUUCCAGCUCUGGGUGGCUCGUUAACUCGAAAAUUCGUUAGUUAGCACUAUUUUUGUUGAUCCCUUCGUUAUCAUACAGUGUUAAAACACGGUUACAGGUAGAAAAGAACCGAGCUUUUAAGCAGAAGAAAUAAUUACAGAUUCGCAUCAUAAAGUUUUAAUAAACCGGAUGCGCCCAGGGCAAGGCUCAAGUUUGUUGACGAGCUCGAGUUCCCAUGAUGAACCUCACAUGAAUGCCUUUAAGGUCAAUUCAAAUAAAAUCCCUAUACGUGAGUUUGCUUAUAUUUUUAUAUUUCAAUAUGAUAAAUCAACUAUUUCAUAAAAGCCAUCUGUUUCAAAAUUGUUUCUGCUUUUGUCAUAUAUUGGUAUGAUCCUUAUGCCUGAGUUGACUCCAAAUAAAUUAAAUUGUUUACAUCAAGUAUAAGGUGCAAGUCUGACACAGUAUUAAUGACAAAGUUGACAAAUAUUUUUACGGAAAUUUUUAUGUCAAUAAACUUUGUAAAUGUGACUCAAACCUUCACUUACAUAAUUAAAAGACGUUUUAUUCAUGGACAAUUUGAUUGGCGUUGAACUUUUGAGAAAAAAAUUGGACUAUAGUGCAAUUGGAUUUUAAAGUGCAAUUACACAUUAACCCUAUCUAGACCGGGCUUUUGAGCUGCUAGCAGAUUAAGGAGGAACUCAUUCAGCCCCCCCCCCCUCCGACUCUUAAAUCGUUGUUCCUUAGUCUAUGUUGACAAAAAUCACCAUAGACAUAGCAGAGAUUAUGAUGUUUCAUUUUUAAAAGAAAGAUGUCCAAAAAGAGAAAUGACGUCAUAAUUAUUCAAGACAUUAUGACAAGAGUACACGAAAAUGAGGUCAUAGUCAAAGUCACGAAAAACACGACU